UUGAGGAGAGGGAGGAAAAUGGCCGCCGGGUUUGGUGAGGGCGAAGCGCUGGAAGUCGCCGUCUCUCCCUUUCCCGUCUUCUGACUGCGCCUGCGGCAAAGCAGGCCCUUUCUAUUCGAGCUGCGCGCGCGGUCCUUAGGUCGGAUUGUGAGACGGUAUUGGAAUAAAGAUAACUACAGCUUUCUGUGAAGAUGUCAGUUCUGAUAUCACAGAGUGUAAUAAAUUAUGUAGAGGAAGAAAACAUUCCUGCCCUGAAAGCUCUUCUUGAAAAAUGCAAAGAUGUAGAUGAGAGAAAUGAGUGUGGCCAGACCCCAUUGAUGAUAGCCGCUGAGCAAGGCAAUCUGGAAAUAGUGAAAGAGUUAAUUAAGAAUGGAGCUAAUUGCAAUCUGGAAGAUUUGGAUAACUGGACAGCGCUUAUAUCAGCAUCAAAAGAAGGGCACUUGCACAUCGUGGAAGAACUGCUUAAAUGUGGGGUCAACUUGGAGCACCGUGAUAUGGGAGGAUGGACAGCUCUUAUGUGGGCAUGUUAUAAAGGCCGUACUGAAGUGGUAGAGUUACUUCUUUCUCAUGGUGCCAAUCCAAGUGUCACUGGUUUGCAGUACAGUGUUUACCCAGUCAUCUGGGCAGCGGGGAGAGGCCAUGCAGGUAUAGUGCAUCUUCUACUGCGAAACGGUGCGAAAGUCAACUGCUCCGAUAAGUAUGGAACUACCCCUCUUGUUUGGGCUGCACGGAAGGGUCAUUUGGAGUGUGUUAAACAUUUAUUGGCCAUGGGAGCUGAUGUUGAUCAAGAAGGAGCUAAUUCAAUGACUGCACUGAUUGUGGCAGUAAAAGGAGGCUACACACAGUCAGUAAAAGAAAUUUUGAAGAGGAAUCCAAAUGUAAAUUUAACAGAUAAGGAUGGAAAUACAGCUUUGAUGAUUGCAUCAAAGGAGGGACAUACAGAGAUUGUACAAGAUCUCCUCGAUGCCGGAACAUAUGUGAACAUACCUGAUAGGAGUGGAGAUACUGUGUUGAUUGGCGCUGUCAGAGGUGGUCAUGUGGAAAUCGUUCGAGCACUUCUCCAGAAAUAUGCUGAUAUAGACAUUAGAGGACAGGACAACAAAACUGCUUUGUAUUGGGCUGUAGAGAAAGGAAAUGCAACAAUGGUGAGAGAUAUCUUACAGUGCAAUCCUGACACUGAGAUAUGCACAAAGGACGGUGAAACACCACUUAUAAAGGCUACCAAGAUGAGGAAUAUUGAAGUAGUAGAGCUGCUGCUAGAUAAAGGAGCUAAAGUAUCUGCUGUAGAUAAGAAAGGAGACACUCCUCUGCAUAUUGCUAUUCGUGGGAGGAGUCGGAAACUGGCAGAACUUCUUUUAAGAAAUCCCAAAGAUGGGAGGUUACUUUAUAGGCCCAACAAAGCAGGCGAGACUCCCUACAACAUUGAUUGUAGCCAUCAAAAAAGUAUUUUAACUCAAAUAUUUGGAGCCAGACACUUGUCUCCUACUGAAACAGAUGGUGACAUGCUUGGCUAUGAUUUGUAUAGCAGUGCGCUGGCAGACAUUCUCAGCGAGCCUACCAUGCAGCCACCCAUUUGUGUGGGGCUGUAUGCACAGUGGGGAAGUGGGAAAUCCUUCUUACUGAAGAAACUAGAAGAUGAAAUGAAGACUUUUGCAGGACAACAGAUUGAACCUCUUUUUCAGUUUUCCUGGCUUAUAGUAUUUCUGACCUUGCUGCUUUGUGGAGGGCUUGGUUUAUUGUUUGCUUUUACGGUCGACCUGAAUCUUGGGAUAGCAGUGUCAUUGAGCUUCUUGGCUCUCUUAUAUAUAUUUUUUAUUGUCAUUUACUUUGGUGGACGAAGGGAAGGAGAGAGUUGGAAUUGGGCCUGGGUCCUCAGCACUAGAUUGGCAAGACAUAUUGGAUAUUUGGAACUCCUCCUCAAAUUGAUGUUUGUAAACCCACCUGAAUUGCCAGAGCAGACCACUAAAGCUUUACCUGUGAGGUUUUUGUUUACAGAUUACAACAGGCUGUCCAGUGUAGGUGGAGAAACAUCGAUGGCUGAAAUGAUCGCAACUCUCUCAGAUGCCUGUGAGAGAGAGUUUGGCUUUUUGGCAACCAGGCUCUUUCGAGUAUUCAAGACUGAAGAUACACAGGGCAAAAAGAAAUGGAAAAAAACGUGUUGCCUGCCAUCUUUUGUCAUCUUCCUUUUUAUCUUUGGCUGCAUUAUUGCUGGAAUUACUCUCCUGGCUAUCUUCAGAGUUGACCCAAAACAUCUGACAGUGAAUGCUGUCCUCAUAUCAAUCGCGUCAGUAGUGGGAUUGGCCUUUGUGCUGAACUGUCGUACAUGGUGGCAGGUGCUGGACUCUCUCCUGAAUUCUCAAAGGAAACGCCUCCAUAAUGCUGCCUCAAAACUGCACAAACUGAAAAGUGAAGGAUUCAUGAAGGUUCUUAAGUGUGAAGUGGAAUUGAUGGCCAGGAUGGCAAAAACCAUUGACAGCUUCACUCAGAAUCAGACGAGGCUGGUGGUUAUCAUUGAUGGAUUAGAUGCCUGUGAGCAGGACAAAGUACUCCAGAUGCUGGACACUGUCCGAAUUCUGUUUUCAAAAGGCCCAUUCAUUGCCAUUUUUGCAAGUGAUCCACAUAUUAUUAUAAAGGCAAUUAACCAGAACCUCAACAGUGUGCUUCGUGACUCAAAUAUAAAUGGACAUGACUAUAUGCGCAAUAUAGUUCAUUUACCUGUUUUCCUUAAUAGUCGUGGACUAAGCAAUGCAAGAAAAUUUCUUGUGACUUCAACAACAAAUGGGGACAUUCCAUGCACAGAUAAUGCAGGGAUACAGGAAGAUGCUGACAGAAGAGUUUCACAAAACAGCCUUGGAGAGAUGACUAAGCUCGGUAGCAAGACAGCCCUUAAUAGACGGGAUACUUACCGAAGAAGGCAGAUGCAGCGGACCAUUACUCGGCAGAUGUCCUUUGAUCUUACAAAACUGCUGGUUACCGAGGACUGGUUCAGUGACAUAAGUCCUCAGACCAUGAGAAGAUUACUUAAUAUUGUUUCUGUGACAGGACGAUUACUGAGAGCCAAUCAGAUUAGUUUCAACUGGGACAGGCUUGCUAGCUGGAUCAACCUUACUGAGCAGUGGCCAUACCGAACUUCAUGGCUCAUAUUAUAUUUGGAAGAGACUGAAGGUAUUCCAGAUCAAAUGACAUUAAAAACCAUCUAUGAAAGAAUAUCAAAGAAUAUUCCAACAACUAAAGAUGUUGAGCCACUGCUUGAAAUAGAUGGAGAUAUAAGAAACUUUGAAGUGUUUUUGUCUUCAAGGACCCCAGUUCUUGUGGCUCGAGAUGUAAAAACCUUUUUGCCGUGCACUGUAAACCUAGACCCCAAGCUACGGGAAAUUAUUGCAGAUGUUCGUGCUGCGAGAGACCAGAUUAAUAUCGGAGGACUUGCGUAUCCUCCGCUGCCUUUACACGAAGCUCCACCGAGACCACCGUCAGGCUACAGUCAGCCUCCAUCUGUCUGUUCUUCUUCCACUUCCUUCAAUGGACCAUUUGGAGGUGGGGUCGUGUCACCACAGCCUCAUAGCAGCUAUUACAGUGGGAUGACAGGACCUCAGCAUCCGUUCUACAACAGACCAUUCUUUGCCCCCUACCUUUACACGCCAAGGUAUUACCCUGGCGGCUCCCAACACCUCAUCUCACGUCCAUCAGUAAAAACGAAUUUGCCCAGAGAUCAGAGCAAUGGCCUAGAGGUUAUCAAGGAGGAUGCUGCUGAGGGGCUUCCUUCACCCACAGACUCCUUGCGGGAGCAGAAUUGGACGAGAAAGUUAAAGAUGCCUUGGCCGUGUGACUCUGGGUUUAACAAACAAAGACAGGGGUCAGGCUCAGCCUCAGGAGCAAUGAUACCACUGAAUUCAAUGAAUGUGGAUGCAGUAUGUGAGAAACUGAAACAAAUAGAAGGGCUGGACCAGAGUAUGCUGCCUCAGUAUUGUGCAACCAUCAAAAAGGCAAACAUAAAUGGCCGUGUGUUAGCUCAGUGUAACAUUGAUGAACUGAAGAAAGAGAUGAGUAUGAAUUUUGGGGACUGGCAUCUUUUUAGAAGCACAGUACUAGAAAUGAGAAAUGCAGAAAACCAAGUGGUCCCUGAAGACCCACGUUUACUUAGUGAAAACAACAGUGGCCCAGUUACUCAUGGUGAAUCUGCUCGUCGCUCUUCACACAACGAAUUGCCUCAUACCGAGCUUUCCAAUCAAACUCCCUACACACUGAACUUUAGCUUUGAAGAACUGAAUACACUUGGCCUAGAUGAAGGUGCCACACGUCACAGUAAUCUAAGUUGGCAGUCACAAACUCGCAGAACCCCAAGUCUUUCGAGUCUCAAUUCCCAGGAUUCCAGUAUUGAAAUUUCAAAGCUUACUGAUAAGGUGCAGGCCGAGUAUAGAGAUGCCUAUAGAGAAUAUAUUGCUCAGAUGUCUCAGUUAGAAGGGGGUACAGGUUCCACAACAAUUAGUGGCAGAUCUUCUCCACAUAGCACAUACUAUAUGGGUCAGAGUUCAUCAGGGGGCUCUAUUCAUUCUAAUCUAGAACCGGAGAAAGGGAAGGAUAGUGAACCAAAGCAAGAUGAUGGGAGGAAGUCAUUUUUAAUGAAGAGGGGAGAUGUUAUAGAUUAUUCUUCAUCAGGGGUUUCCACUAAUGAUGCCUCACCCCUGGAUCCUAUUACUGAAGAAGAUGAGAAAUCUGAUCAGUCAGGCAGUAAGCUUCUCCCAGGCAAGAAGUCCUCAGAAAGGUCAAGCCUCUUCCAGACAGAUUUGAAGCUUAAGGGAGGUGGACUGCGCUAUCAAAAACUUCCAAGUGAUGAGGAUGAAUCUGGGACAGAAGAAUCAGAUAAUACUCCACUGCUCAAAGAUGAUAAAGAUAAAAAAAUUGAAGGGAAAGUAGAGAGAGUAUCAAAGUCUCCAGAACACAGUGCUGAGCCGAUUAGAACCUUCAUUAAAGCAAAAGAAUAUUUGUCAGAUGCCCUCCUUGACAAAAAGGACUCAUCUGAUUCAGGAGUGAGAUCCAGCGAAAGUUCUCCCAAUCACUCUCUUCACAAUGAAGGGGCUGAUGAUUCCCAGCUUGAAAAGGCAAAUCUCAUUGAGCUUGAAGAUGAUAGCCACAGUGGAAAACGGGGAAUACCACAUAGCUUGAGUGGCCUGCAAGAUCCAGUUAUAGCUCGGAUGUCCAUUUGUUCUGAAGACAAGAAAAGCCCUUCCGAAUGUAGCUUGAUCGCCAGCAGUCCUGAAGAAAACUGGCCAGCAUGUCAAAAAGCCUAUAAUCUGAAUCGAACACCCAGUACUGUGACUCUGAACAACAACAGUGCACCAGCUAACAGAUCCAAUCAGAAUUUUGAUGAAAUGGAAGGAAUGAGGGAGACUUCGCAAGUCAUUCUGAGGCCUGGUUCCAGUUCCAACCCAGCUGCUAUUCAGAAUGAAAACCUAAAAAGCAUGACGCAUAAGCGAGGCCAGCGUUCAAGUUACACAAGGCUCUCCAAGGAUUCUUCAGAGCUUCACGCAGUGGCCUCUUCUGAUAGUGCAGGCUUCGGAGAGGAAAGAGAAAGCAUUCUUUAAGAGAAAUACGCAAAAGCAGAAUAGUACUACUCUACCCCUAUGACAGAAUUGACCUGAGUUUAUAGUGAAACCAUCCAUGCGUGUCAUCUUUGUAUUUCAUUCACAAAUAAUUAACAAAUGGGAAAGUCUUUGGUAAAAAAAGCGUACACUAUACAACAGUGGAAAGUAUAAGAAAGGGUGGUUGAUCAGUCAGCCUCCACUGUCCUUGUAAUUAGAAGCUUAAAAACUCGUUGUUAUUGGAACUUUCAUUGGCACACAACCCCAUAAAAUUUUUUGAGACAAGAUCUAAGUAUAAAGAGAGGUCAGAAAUAUUAUUAGAUAGAAAGGGUGUGAUUUGCCAAAGAAAAUGGAAAGCUAGACACCCCUUUUGUACAACAUUCAUUCAUCAAAUAUUCAAAGGAAGACAUGGUGUUAGAUGAACCAGAAGCAAAUUUUGCUCUUAGAGGGUAGAAGAUAAGAAUUUGUAGGUUAUGGAGUAGCCUAGAGACUAAAUGCUCUAUAAAUUGAGAACCAGUGUUGUAUAUAAUAGACAUAUUGUUUAACAAGGGCUUUAAAAAUUGAUAGAAGAUGAAUGAACAGUGCUCAAAAUAGAGCCCCAGUGACAAGACCUUUUUGAGCUGCUAGGAGAGUGGCCUGUGGGCUCGUCUCCAAAUCCCAGACCUGGCUAUAAGCACCAUCCACCAGCUUGAGAACCCAUGCUGGUCUCUUCUGUGACUCUUUUAAAUGGUAUGCCCAACUUUUCUUAGCCUAGCAAUGAGAGGGAAAAAUGUGAAUUCUUUCUCUGGAGAAUCAGGGAGACAUGGGUAAUAAUAGGCUCUAAUAAAUAUUCAUGGACCAAGAGAAUAAGGAAAUAAUUACAUCAGAAAGGUCAGUGUCACUUGACAGAUGACAAGGAAAUAUUUAAUUAGGUAAAACUAAAUUAUUGUCUUCUAUACCAGAGUAGAGUAUAUCUAUCUACUUCAUCUAUUCCAAAACUAACAUGCUAACCUCGGGAGGACCAUAAGAAAGGAUAUACUUCUUUAAAAUGUUUUAAACUAUAACAAAGCAAGGGUAAAAAGCAGAUAAAACUGGUGAGACUUUCCAUUUAUUGUUAGCAGGGUUAAGAGAAUGAUCACAUAUAAGUAUCGUAUGGACUAGAAGUGGACCCUAUCAUCAUGCAUUGAAUUUUUUUGUUGUUGUUUUAACUUAGCCUAUUUAUGUAGAAUUAAUUUUGGCAGUAUAUACUCAGUCACAGAUAAGAUCGUAGAUGGUGAGAUCGUAGAAUGUGCAAUUACCCAAAUUUAGUGUUACAUUUGUGAUGGUUUUCACUUAAUAGAUUUUUAUUAAUACACUGAAUAAAUUAUUUAGUGGACUAGUCAUUGCACUAAAUAGUUGCUGUUUUGGGUUUCAUUGCCUUGAUGUUUGAGUAUAAUCUAACAUUUCCUUAAAGUGUUUAUUUCGCAUGACUUUAACAAAUGGUUUUAACCAAUUAAAAAAAGGCAGGAUGUUAUUGACAUUAUAUAUUGAAAUGUUAACAUUUUAGUAUUUACAGUGCUUUAGUUCACAAUAUUGUAUAAUUAGUAAUUAUUUCAGAGGUGAUAUUUUGUUCUUUCUCCGGUGAGUAGGUGCAGCUUGAUACCAUUGUCGUACAUUCUUUACGCUGUUUGUGAAGUUAAUACUAGAGUAUUAAGUGUACAAAUAGAUUUAGAAAACAAUAAAAAAAUUGCAUGUUAUUCUGACUCAUGAAUUUUUAUUCACUACAGUGAUGAUUGACAUUUUGAUUACAAAUAAAAGAGUACUUUGUGUGUUUUGUCGUAUGUGUGUACAGUUUGUGAAGGAUGUUCAGGUUCACAGGGCAGACGUGUGCUGAGCUGCCCGUAGUCCUUUGGAGAGAGCAUGGCUCCUAGGUCCCCGCACCUGAAUGGUGCCGUGGCAUCCAUGCCCGACGGCACAGCGCUCCACCGUGCAUUUCUGUAGCUACAAGAAGUAGCUCGUCCAGAUCCUGGGAGGAUAUCGACUUCAUUUGUUAUAUGAGCAUUGUGGAAAAGUUUUCUUCUCAUACUGUUAACAGAAAUUGACAAACCAGAUGGCUUGUUGAGUCAUACCAUCAUUCCUUUGAACCUCUGUCUAUGUGUGCAUGUAUGUGUGUCUAUUUAUACUGUAUAGCUCAGUCUGAUCCUCACAUAUACAAAACUCUGCUUUAAGCUGGGUGGAAAAUGAUAGAAAAGAAAAUUGGUGCUUUAAUCUUGCUAGUCCCUUCGAUUCUGUGUCACUUAGAGUCUUACCAUAUUUUAUAAACCAUUCUGCCUCCACCAUAAGCCACAGAUAGUUCUGUUCACAUAGCAGAACAUUAAGCCCAGUCAUUCACCUUGGACAUGUGGAGUGGUGCAUAGGAGUACAGCCCUCCUGCAGGGGAGACUGGAAAUGGAAGGAAGCUAUUGACAUCUCUCAAUUGAUAUGAUUUUCACAGUGCUGAACAUGUAAGGUCAGCUCUCAAAUUCUGGGAAAUUUAAGCAUUUGUAACUGAACCAACAUUUCCAAAAUUGACGGGAAAAUCUGUUUUUGUGUGAUAUUUUAUUUGUGAGUUUUAGAUAGCAGUCAAUAAUUUUAAUUGCCUAGCCAAGUAAUUUUAGAAAUUUAUUUGCUAAAAUUCUCAACUUGAGGAUCAUUUGCAUGUUGUAGUGCUUCAGUAAAAUACAUUUGUAAUCAUGAUUUUUUUUUUCUUAUAAAUACUAACCAUUAGAAAAUACUGUUUGAAUGAAAUUAAAUUCUUUAUUCUUCUGGCUAAAAUACUAAACUUAAAAGGUUUUAAGACUAGAUAAUUUUUGGUUAUACCAGGAAUUCUCAGCCUAUUUAGAAGUAUCCCAGAGUUUAAAAAUCCCUGAAUUCCUGGCUCACUCUUGAGUAAAUCAACACAACUACCCGGAAAAGAGGGAACUAGAGGUCACUGUCCCCUUCACUUUGUGGGUGAGUGACACUGAGGGAAAAGGGGGUAAAAGGGAAGGUGCGAUAAAAUUAAUUUUGGCAAACACUUGAGACUGAACAUCUAGGCUCCCUUAAUCCCUACCUGCCCUUUUAGACUUACGCUGACACUCGGCAGAAGGGAAGAAGCAGGAAGAAAAUGCGGCCCUUGAAAUAGAUACAUCUUCAGAGGAUCCAAUUUAAACUAAGGCAACAGGGGCUCUAGAUCUUAGUACCUUGCCCGUAGACCAUUUCUCGUGACAAUUCGGUUAGCUUCUCACGGUCGGCUUCCUCACCAAACCUAAGGGGGUCAAGAAGAUACUACCUACCACUCAGUAAUCCUGCUACCCAGUCGCUGGAGAAGAGAGAUUUGUUCACCUCUACCAGUUUUCUUUCCUAGUAGUUGUAAAAUUUGAAUUAGUUUUAAUGAAGUUUUCUGUUUAUGAAAUUCUAGAUAAAAGCCCAAAUGUAUAGCAAAAAGCAUGUCAAUGAACUUCAUAAAACCCGACAUUUCUAUCUUCUAGCAUCUUCUUGGUCAAAUAUGUAAUAAAAAGUUAGAUUGUUAUUUUUAAAAUUCUAGCUCCUGACACUAGCACGUUUUUAGCUAGCAUGUUUCUGAGAACGCAUACAAUGUAUAUUGUUAUAGUUAAUGCACAUUAAACUCUGUGUUCUUUAAAAAGUUA